AUGGCUUCCAACUGCAGUUCCUCUGUUUAUCAAACUUCUGAUUUGAUUCAUGACUUUGCCUGCUCUCCAUGUAAAGAUAAUGGAUUAAAUAAUGAGGCACAUUUCUUCUGUGUUGCGUGCAAGAAAUUUUACUGCAACAACUGUGAGCAACUACACAACAAGUUGUUUAGGACACAUACAGUGCUUGGAAGACAAAACGUGAGUAAGUGGGCGGGGUAUGCUGGAUUGAGCCCCAUAGAGAUAUGUGACAAACAUGGUGACAAGAAGCUUGAACUGCUCUGUGAGGACCAUGAUGAGCUUUGUUGUCCCGUUUGUGUCUACUUGACUCACAGAAAGUGUCAGAGUAUUAAGCAUAUUCCUGAACUUGUGGAUGGACUGAAGAAACAAACAGACUUCAUAGAAAUGCCAGCUGAUGUUCAAAAGAUUAUCUACAGCCUUCAAGAAAACACCAAGAAAAAGACUGACAGCCAAAAGUCCCUCAAAGACUCUGGAAAUAAAUUUCGUGCAGAAAUCAAGUCACUAAGGAACAAAGUAAAUGCCAAGUUUGAUGAAUUGGAGAAAAAGACCAAUGACAUCUUUCAAGAACAGAUCCAUAAGGCAGAUGAUUUUCUACAGGACGACAUUGACAAAUGCACAAACCUCACUUCCAAACUCAAAUCUUUUCUAGAAGUCAUCCAAUCCCAGCAAUAUGACAACAAUUCUUUCAUUGCAUACAGGAAAUGUAUGGACAAGAUGCGAGAAGCGGAGAACCUGCUAAAGCAUCUGUCUGUGAAGCCUGACAAAUCACUUGCAUUUCAUGGAGAUCCCAUGAUUGAACAAUUCCUUUCUGGAUUGAACACACUCGAGACACUUGGAGAAAUCUUUGAUGAGAACUAUGUGUAUAAGGUGAAUAACAGAUCACAGUACACAGUUAAAAUAAAAAAAGAUAAAACAAAGUGCCUAAUAAGUGGUAUAUGUGAGCUGCCUGGAGGAGAGAUCCUCAUCUCGGACGACAACAACCAGGAAGUAAAGCUGCUAGACUCCCAGUACCAGGUGACAUCAACACAUGACCUCCCAGAUGCACCAAGACAUAUCUGUCACAUUGCAGGAAAUGAAGCUGCUGUAACUAUACUCAACAAAGAAGUACACUUCAUCACAGUGACAGGUAGCACACUGAGUGUAACAAGGAAGUUAACAGUUCCAUACUAUUGUCUCGGUAUUUCUUACCACAAUGGUAACCUCUAUGUAGGAUCAAGCAAAGCGAUUUUUCAGCACAAAAUGUCAGGUCAGCUAGUGAAAAAAAUAUAUGAAAACAAUAGUGUCGGAAACACAGUGGAGAGAUUCACAGUGAGCAGAGAUGGCACCAACAUCUACAUACCUGAUCCAUCUCACCACAAGCUCAUUACAAUUGACACAAGUGGGAACAUUCUGUCAACUCUUCAAGAUCCAGAUUUUGGCUGGACUACUUCGGUGUGCGUGAGUGAGAAAGGACAUGUGUUUGUCUGCUCACGGAUGUCCGACCAAGUGACACAGGUGGACAAAGAGGGUAAAAACAAAAUUAACACAUUGAUCACAACGGCGGAUAGACUAUGUUCUCCUCAUGCAAUAUGUUUUUCAAAAAAAUCAUGCAAACUGAUUAUAGGAGAAGAAAGAGAUGACAUUUCUGUUUUUGAGUUGGAGUAA